GUUUAUUUCUUAGAGUUAUCAUUAGUACUGUAGUUGGAGUUGUCAUUGGUGCCAUAGUCGGAGCUGUCAUUGGUGCCGUGCUUACAUUGUCACUUUGGAUAUAUAUUUUGCCAAUUUUUUUAUUGUUG